AUGUCUCGGAAAAAGUUGGACAUCCGUGCCAUACCGGGCGCCGGUAUCAUAUGCGCCAUCAUUUCUGUGAUUUUCUGGUCGACCGCCGGCUUAUGUAUUAAACUGUCAGAUGAUGUCCACGCGCUGGAAGUGCUUACCAUUAGCGCAAUUAUACAGUCAGUGAUAUACCUAUCGGUAAUGCUCUACCAGAAAGUGGACUACCUUGGUCACAAAAAUGAGCGUAUCUAUUUAUUCUUAAGGUGCACAUUAGGCACCGUAUCCAUGGCCUGUCUGUACACAUCCUACCGACUCAUACCCCUAUCGGACGCCACGACCAUACGGUUCACGGCACCGUUCAUGUAA